GGAGUGUAUGGGGGGAGCUGUUUCUAUAGCGACGGGAAGCGGCCUGGCGGGACGAGUAGGCCGCACCGCCCGUGGGCGGGAGGACGCAGAUGACAUCAGUGGACCCACAGUCUCCUGUGUCUAUGGCAUUUGCACUUCCUAGAAACAUGGAGGGCCCCAAGCUACAGAUCAAGAUGAGCACAUGGACUCCACUGAAUUCUCAACUUAUGAAUGAGAAGGUAUUUGAAGAAAGAAGAGCCUUGCUUGGAAAAUGGUUUGACAAGUGGACAGAUGGUCAGAGGCGGAGGAUCCUGGUGGACCUGUUGGAACGCUGCUCCCUAUCACAGCAGAAAUUCUGUGCCAAGCAGCUACAGAAUCGAGUCCCCACUGAGGCUCUGGAUUUUACCACAAGGCUUCCUAGAGUCCUGUCUUUAUACAUCUUUUCCUUCCUGGACCCACGGAGCCUUUGUCGAUGUGCACAGGUGAGCUGGUACUGGAAGUACCUGUCUGAACUGGAUCAGCUCUGGAUGAAGAAAUGCCUGCGCUUCGGCUGGUACAUCAACUUCUCCCCAACCCCAUUUGAGCAAGGAAUCUGGAAGAAACAUUACAUUGAGAUGGUGAAAGAGCUGCAUGUCACGAGACCAAAGACUCCUUCAAAGGAUGAGUUUGUGGUUACUGAUGUGCAGCCGAUAAGAAGCGACAUCCCAGAAGCAAAACCUUUUGUGCCAGGAAAGAGGACAAAAAAAGAGAAAAAAGAGCUCCCACCAUGGCGUUCAUCAGACAGGCAUCCUACGGACACCAUCCGAUUCAACUACCUCAACAACUACGAUCCCAUCGAGCAGGCCAGGCAGGCGUAAGCUUUUCUUUUGCUUACCUUCUGCUUUUUCUGCAACAUAGGGUAUAUCUGUGUAUUUUGCAAGCUCACUUUGCCUGUGCUUCAAGCUGCCUGAAGCCUUAUAGUUCAGCAACACGGUGGCAAACCCACUUUGCUGCUCUUCUGGCUUUUCUUGGAUGGAUCUUGGUCCAGUUGCAGUUACAGCAGCACUACUUUGUGUUCUUUUAGCACAAAGCAGAUUAGUGGCUGCCUGUAAAAUAAGCUGUAAGUUUUGGGGAUGUUACUCAGCUGUAAUGGGAAGAAUCUGGUCAAGAGUUUGUUCAAGAGCUUUUAAAUACAGCUGCAAGGUUGAGAGGAAUCUGUCACUUUUGCACAGAAGAGGAAGAAUUAAUUGUGAUGAAAUAUAAUUUUAUCACUUCAAGGAUCUUCGGUCUAAAAAGAGAUUUAGAUGACUGAAUGGGGGGUGCAAGUAUAAAAGUAUGAAUAUCCUAUAGAACAUUUAAGUAAUGAAUGUAUUUGCAUUACACUUCCAGGGAUAGAGUGCCUAGACCUGUCCAAUUUUGGGUUUUCAGGAUUAUCUGGUCAGCAACUGGCAAAAGAAAGGCAUUUCCACCACAAAGUAUAGUUUUGCACACUGACUUGUGUUAGGACUGCCCUAUGUUUUCCUUCAACACAUCUGGCAUCAGAUGUUUCCAGAAUCUUUGAUCUGUGGUCAAAUUUCUGUGUGUUAACAAACACCAGUAGAAGGAAUAGCAAGGAGGCAGCAGUAGUCACCUGUGGGCAGUAUUUGGCCCAUUUCUUGGUUAAAUCUCUAUUAAUACCACCUCUCAUUUUUCACGGGCUCACAGUAGUUACCUCAAUUCAGCUGAUGUGCUAUAACUUGUGAAACUGGCCAGACUGUCAUUAGUUAGAGCCUGGUGAACAAGUAGUGGAUUAGCGUGAUAAGUGCCUAGUUCUUGUGUGGGUCCCUGUGAAAAGGACUGCACAGCUUCUCACCCAACCACAUGUGAAGAGAGGAGAUUCCUCUUCACUGUGCCAACAAAAACCUUGGGAACCCACUGAGCCACAAUGAAGGUAUCCAGAUUGCACUUUCAGUAAAUAACUGAUAGAGCUAAGAUUAGCCCUGUGCACAGGAACAAUCAACCCAUGCAUUAUCCCAGCUGAGUGAUUACUUGGCUAAGCAGUUGUGCACUUACGUAGUCUCUUUCUCAAUGUGAUUAACUUUGCUGGACCCACCACUCCUCCGGGGUGUUCCACAAAGUUCCCAGUGUCUGAGCAAAAACCUUUUAUGAAUCAUUUUUUAAUCCGCGUCCCCUAGUCCUAGGAUACUGCACUACUUCAAAGAGCUUUCCAGUUUCCACCUCACCCUCUUUCUGUGGUAUGUUUCCAAACUCUAGCACCACUUUAGGUAGAGUUCUUUGAGGCUUUUAAAGAAAUAGUUUAACAAAAUGCCUUCUGCUGCAAACAGAUGUCAUAGAAUCAUAGACCUGAUACUGUUUUUCAGUUGUGCUAAAUGUUUCUAGGUAGCACCUCCCAAAGGUUUCUCUGAGGUUUAGGGUUCCCUUGUGCUAGCUGUGACCCACUGUCAAAAGUGGGACAAGCCUUGUUUGAGGAGUUAAAAAGCUGUUUGUUCCAGCAUUGAGCUGUAGACACAGCUGUCAACCAGAUGCAAAUGAUUUUGAGUUGCUAAUGAUACAGUAAGCACACUGACUGUUUUCUUCUCCUAAGUGAGAUUUGAGCCUCUAUCCAUUUGUGCAGUGGAGAAUAAUUUAAUGCCAAGUGUUCUAGCAAGUCUAGCAUUUAUUCAUAAUUACAGAGGAUUAUUGCAGGGAGAGAAAUGAAUUCUGUGAGAUUUGCUUGUUUAUCAAGGAUUUCCCUUUAAUCUCACUUAAGGUGAAAGUAAUUACUAGUGUGUAGUCUCAUCUGUAAUGGUUAUGCAGCAACACAGGUGUGCUGUUUCAGGUACUGACCCACCUACCCACUCACAUAAUGAUAUUCUGGUGCUUCUUUUCUACGGACACAUUGCUAACAGAGUCCCCUCUGCAGCUCCUUCCUAGAAGUCAUAGAAUCACAGAAUGGUUUGGGUUGGAAGGGACCUUAAAGCUUAUGCAGCUCCAAUCCCCUGCUACAGGCAGGGACACCUUCCACUACAGCAGGUUGCUCAAAGCCCCAUCCAACCUGGCCUUGAACACUUAGUCCUCCCACUAAGGCUCUAUAUGGUAUCCUCCAUCCUUUGCUUCUAGACAGAUACCAAGGGAUUAGGUCUUCAGCACUUCACAUGUCUCCUAUCUACAGCAGGAGCAGUGAGACACCACUUUUCAUGCUUGGGUGUUCCUCAAGUGCAGGCUUUUGGUGGAGGUGGAAGUGGCAGCUAAUGCAUGGCUUGGGCAGGUGUAGGCUGCCUAUCAAUGGCAGCACAAUGGCAAAGUGGUCAGAGUGCCC